GCCUUUCCCCAAAAUUUGAAAUCCUCUUGUUCUUUUGAAUUAUCUCUCUCUCCUCCUUCAUCCAUUUGAAUCUACAAGUAAUUCUUCUGUGGCUUUCAUUUUUUCUCUCUUAUCAUCAUUAUUAUUUUUCAUGAUUAAAGUAUGCUACUUUAAUCUUUAAUUUACUCUUUAUGAUUCCAGUUAUCAAUCAAAAAUACCUAAGAUUUCCAUCCAAUUUCUCGGAAAUGGGAUGCUGUUUGAGCAAGAACGAUCCAUGUUCACAAUCUAUACCUUCAGUUUCUCUAUCCCAACAAAAUAAUUCAAAUAAUAUUCAAACUCUAUCCAUUCCUACUAAAGUAGAGCACACCAAGAACCAAAUUGCAGCAAUUGAAACAAACCCUAAUCCAAAGAAGGAACAAAAGAUAGGGAAGAUAGAAGAAGAAAGAGCUAAUGUUUUUGUACCUAAGAAAAAGAAGGAAGUUUUUAUAAUUCAACACAGGAAGAGCAGUGAUAAGCGUUUUAAUUCAGAUGGGUCAGUCUCAAAUUCAUCGAAUUCAGGGGAUCCGGACCCAGAACCCGAAGAAAUCGGUAGGAAUAUAUUAGCAGCAGCAGCAAGUGGGCAAGUAGUGAGAACUUCUAGUUGUACAAAGGAAGAAGUUGAUGCUAUUUUGAUUCAAUGUGGUAGGCUUAGUAGAAGUUCUUCAGGGAAUGGGAAUAAUGGAGGUCAUAGAAGGAGGUAUUCUGGUUCAAAGCGAAGUUUUGAUUACGAUAGAGAGAAUGAGUUGGUUGAUGAUUCCAUCAGUAAAGGGAAUGGGAAUGAGAUUGAGGGAAGCUAUGAGGAAGAUGAUAGGUCCAGGCGCCGACAAUCAAGAGGGUCCCUCUCCCACAGUAGGAGAUCAACACCAAGUAGAAGUAGAGAGAGGGAGUAUCAUCAGCAACAAAGAUCAGGGAGUAGAGAGCGAAAUCAAAGUAAUGGAAGAAGGGUUAGUAGAUCUCCUGGAAGAAGGUCAGAAAGUCCUAUGGCUAUGAACCAUAGUAGUAGUGGGAAUGGAAAACCUGGGAAAUUGGUGUCUGUUCCAGCAAUGACAAUGGAAAAAAGCAAUAAUGGGAAUGGGAAUGGAGGAGAUGGAAAUGUGAAGAGGGUUUUGGUGAAGAGGAAUGUGGGUUCACCGCGGUCUCAGUCCCCUGCACGGGCUAUAUCCCCUGCAGGUGCUCAUUCGCCUUCAAAAGGAGGGAAUGUGAAUGGGAAUCAGCUGGUGUCACUCAGUAGGAAUGGAUCGAGGAAGGCGGAGAUUUCGCCUUAUAGAAGAACUCCUUUGAAUGAGAUUGACAUCAAUUCAUUGCCCUUUCAUCCACUUUCAAAUAAGAAGGCUGUGCAGAAAGGGAAAGAAAUUGAGGAAGAUAUUGUGAUUGUUAAGCAGCCAAGUAGUUAUGUAUCUAAGAGCAAGUUUGUUGAGACAAACAAUGGUAAAUUAUCUGCACAGGGCACUCAUAGAAGAACAGGCAGUAAAGGGACAGAAAGUUACGAAGAUACAAAGACUAAUUACUGCAGAGUGAAUGAGAUUCAAGCACUAAAUGUUGAGAAAAUCGAGUCGAGUGAAUAUGAUGCUACAGGCACUGAUACCCUGAAAUUGCCGCCAACAUUCGUGAGAAGUAGGUCUGCAAGGCGAUCACGAGAGCUAGACAUCAAUGUCGAGGCGCUUCUAGCCCCAAAUCCCGCCACAAAUUAUAACUCAUUGCUUUUGCAAGACAUUCAGAAUUUCCAUCAGAAGAAAAGUUCUAAUAAUGCAAAUUCUAAUGCCCGGCCUAUCAGUCAUGAUGUUAUCAGUUCUAAGAACGAAUCUGGCACUCCUUUUGCACUCCCUGCUUGUGUCAGCAAAGCCCGUUCGAUUCUUGAAGCUGUGGCAGAUCUCAACUCCGCCACAAGGCCCGCAAACAGCUCUAAUCCCAAAAGCCCAAGAGGCCCGAACUUUGAUUUUCACAAUGUAAACAAGAGGGUAGAGUCCAGUGAUCCUUUCGUUCAAUCUGACGAUUUGAUGGAGCCUAGUUUACACAAGUAUGUGACAGUAAGGAAGAGGGGCGGAGAAAUGGGCGAUGAGGAAUCAUCUGGUAGCAACAGUUUUAUGGGUGGAAGUAGUCAGCAGAAUUGGGUAUCUUCGUCGACAUGGGAGCCAACUUCAGCAGAGUCGACUGACUGUUGGACCUCGAAGUCUUACAGUCGAGAAGAGUUUAGUCCUGUGGGAUUUCAAAGACACGCGAUAUCUGACUUCGCGUGUGGGAUCAAUGAUGAGGAAUCGGAGAAGAUAUUCAGUAAAGGUCUUAUCCCCACAUCAAAAGCAGCAGCUGCAUCUAUGUAAAUUCAUUCUAGAAGAUCUGGGAUUGAUUCUAGAAGAUCUAGGACAAGAUUAUGUUGAAAAGCAGUUGCACACUUUGCAACACUUCUAUUUUUCCAGCUUCAUUUCAUGAUUGUUUUGAUUUGUCAAUUUCUGAGAAGAUUUUCUUCAAUGGUAUGUAAAAUUAUCUCAUAUAAUUGGGUAAUAAAUUACUGCUGUUUACAAGAAUGAACAAAAUAUUCCAUGUAUUGUUGUAUGUCUAAGUAAUAUUCAUCAUGAACAUAUCAUUGCAAGCU